GUUAUUACUAUGUUACUACUUUAGACCUAAUCCCACUUUACUAUCAUCAAAUAAUUGGUAACUAAAAAAAAUAUAAUAAAUUUUAAAAUAAUAACCACAGGAAUAAAUUUCAAACAUUCAAACACAUAGUAUUACAUACCCAAACGCCAAACCCAUAUUUUUCAUUAUUGAGAUAUAGCACUCAGCACAAGAAAGAUCGUCAACGCUUAGAAAUCAUCUUCUCUUUCUUCAAUCUUUCCCUCUCUGAAACAGAAGAUUUUUUAAAAAAGAAAACGAUGGCGUUUCAUCACAAUCAUUUCAAUCACUUCACCGACCAACAACACCAGCCUCCUCUUCCUCCGCCGCCACAGCAGCAGGAACACCAUUUCCACGAAUCCACACCUCCUAACUGGCUCCUCCGCUCCGACAACAACUUUCUAAACCUCCACACUCCCGCCUCCACCGUCGCAACAAGCUCUGAUUCUCCUUCCUCCGCCGCCGCUAACCAGUGGCUCUCUCGUUCCUCCUCCUUCCUCCAACGCGGCGGCGGCGCCAGUAACAGUAACGCCGGCUCUGGUGACGCCAUGGAAAACGUUACCGGCGGAGAGGAGUCGAUGAUCGGCGAGAAUGGGAGGCAAAAGGCGGAGAUACUCUCUCAUCCACUAUACGAGCAGCUGUUGUCUGCACACGUAGCGUGCCUGAGGAUCGCAACGCCGGUGGAUCAGCUUCCGAGGAUCGACGCACAGCUCGCUCAGUCGCAGAACGUCGUGGCUAAGUACUCAACGUUAGACGCUGCUUCUCAAGGACUCGUCUCCGGUGAUGAUAAGGAGCUUGACCACUUCAUGACGCAUUAUGUACUAUUGCUUUGCUCUUUUAAAGAACAACUGCAACAGCAUGUUCGUGUCCAUGCAAUGGAAGCUGUUAUGGCUUGUUGGGAGAUUGAGCAGUCUCUUCAAAGCUUCACUGGAGUGUCUCCUGGUGAAGGCACAGGAGCAACAAUGUCUGAAGAUGAAGAUGAGCAAGUAGAGAGUGAUGCUCAUUUGUUUGAUGGAAGCUUAGAUGGGUUAGGGUUUGGUCCUCUUGUCCCCACUGAGAGUGAGAGAUCCUUGAUGGAACGAGUUAGACAAGAACUCAAACAUGAACUCAAGCAGGGCUACAAGGAGAAAAUUGUAGACAUAAGAGAGGAGAUAUUGAGAAAGAGAAGAGCUGGGAAAUUACCAGGAGAUACCACCUCGGUUCUCAAAGCUUGGUGGCAGUCUCAUUCUAAGUGGCCUUACCCUACUGAAGAAGAUAAGGCGAGGUUGGUGCAGGAGACGGGUUUGCAGCUCAAACAGAUAAACAAUUGGUUCAUCAAUCAAAGAAAGAGGAAUUGGCAUAGUAAUCCAUCUUCUUCCACCGCCUCAAAGAACAAACGCAAAAGGUGAAAAUAGCGGAAGAGAGCGUUGAAGUCAGUUUGUAGCUGUGCAUGAAAAUAUCAAAUAUAGCUUGAUAGAAGGUUGGAGAUACAAAGAUAAAACUCCUACAGAAAACCAGCGUAGAAAGUAUUUUUGUGACUUCAUAUGUUGUAUUAGGGAGCACACAAAACCGAAAAGACCAAGAAGCAUAAGCAUGAUUUGUAAUAUGAGGCUAAGAUGAAUUUUGUGAUAGGACGGUUAUACCAUCCCCAUUAUUAUCAUAUCUUGUGAAUAACAUGGAGUUUUCUCAAGAAAAAAAAACGAAGGAGUUUUCUCUUUUAA